CUCAAUAUUCUGCUUCAGCUGAUGACACAUCCAGGCCCGAUGUUCAAUUUUUCGGGAAACCAGGGGUUCGAUCUUUUCGACACAAAGACACGCAUUGCGGCAAUAAACACGGUCAAAAAAUGGGUGUUGAUGUUUCUACAUGAAACCGACAAGGCAUCAGCACAAGAUCGGCAGUUGAAGGUAUCUGCCAGCAUCGUCAUCACCCCUAGAUUAUAUUUAUUCAUAUAUCCCAACGGAUCGACACCCAUUUUGAACUCACCAAGUUAUUCCAUUCGAAAGUACUCGCCAUUGGAAUGUAACAAAUUGGUGGGCAAACUUAUUGUUCAUGCGAACGGUACGUUUACGACGUGGAUGAACAUGACGUUGAAUAAUUGCAGAAGAACAAUACGAUUCCUUCGCCCACUCGCAAGGUCAAAACUCAACUCGGAGGCAAGAACAUCACGACUUUCUUUGUCAACUCAUCAUGAUUGACGCAAAGUCCCACUACCAUGCGUGGGAAGCAAACAUACACAAUUGUACAUUUGUAGUAGUGACAGAGCUGACUGAGGCUCGCAGAUUAUUUUAAUAGAAGAUUGA